UGUUGUGUUGAACGCUAAAUCGCAAGCUCACUUCAGGGUGGCAAAGAUGGCGGCGGCGCCUUCAGAUGAGGCCAGCCUGCAGUCUCACAUCAAUAAAGCCACCAACCCCCUGAACAAGGACACGGACUGGAGCAGCAUCAAGGCGUUCUGCGAGGAGCUCGACCAUCACCAGGAUGGCCCCCAGCUUGCCUCCAGACUCCUGGCCCAUAAGAUCCAGUCUCCUCAGGAGUGGGAGGCUAUUCAGGCUCUGACCGCUCUGGAAACGUGUGUGAAGAACUGCGGGAAGAGAUUUCACACAGAAGUGGGAAAGUUUCGAUUCCUGAAUGAGCUCAUCAAGGUGGUUUCACCAAAGUAUUUAGGAUGCCGGGCUCCAGAGCCAGUGAAGAAGAAGAUCCUGGAAAUGAUGUACAGCUGGACUGUGAGGCUUCCUGAAGAGACCAAGAUCGCUGAAGCUUAUCAGAUGCUGAAAAAGCAAGGUAUUGUAAAGCAAGACCCUGUGCUUCCUGAUGACAAGCCCCUCCCACCACCUCCACCCAGAGCCAAAAGUGCCAUCUUUGAUGACGAGGAGAAAUCUAAAAAGCUGUCGUGCUUGUUGAAGAGCACACAUCCUGAUGAUUUAAGAGCAGCGAACAAGCUCAUCAAGGAAAUGGUCCAAGAGGAUGAAAAACGAGUGGAGAAAGUAUCAAAGCGAGUCAACGCCAUUCAGGAGGUGAAGGAGAGCGUGAGCCUGCUGAGCCAGCUGCUGGAGGGAUACGGCACGGAGAGCUGCUCCCAGAGCAACCAGGAACUCAUUAAGGAUCUCUACCAUCGAUGUGAAAAGAUGAGGCCGACACUCUUCAGGCUUGCCAGUGACACGGAGGACAACGAUGAAGCUUUAGCGGACAUCCUGCAGGCCAACGAUAGUUUGACUCAAGUCAUCAAUCUGUACAGACAACUGGUGAAUGGUGAGGAGGUCACAAAAGACGGUAUCCCCACAAUCCCACAUCAAGACUCGAAACCAAGUAGCAGUUCAGCACUCUUAGACUUAACGGGACUUAACCUCUCGGGGAAGACGGAAACCUCCAAUGCAGAGCUCUGCAGCCGGACUCUCAGUAAUAAUGCAGGCUUGAGUCUGUUAGAUGAUGAGCUCAUGUCUUUGGGACUGAAUGUGACAGAAAACUGUGAAUCAAGCAAAGCCUCUCAGUCAUCAAAUGCUGCAGAGCUGUCCUCUCAGAGUGUGCCAGCAGCCGUGCUGGUUCCAGCUGCAGCUCAGCUGGCUCCACCAGCUGGAGGCCCCUCUGCCAAAGCCAUGGAUGAGCUGGACUUGCUGGGAAAGACCUUGUUACAGCAGUCUCUACCUCCAGAAAGCCAGCAGGUCAAAUGGAACAAGCUCCAGCCUCAGUCUAGAGUCCCUUUAAGAGACAUGGAGACAAAGUCCAGCCUCAGUACCGGGCCUGCUGCUCCCAUGUCCAGCCCAGCCAUCCACUCAGAGAAGCCUUACACCUUCCUCGUCUCUAACCCUGUAGAGGAAGGAUCGUCUUCAGCCUCUGACCAUUAUGACAACAUCUCACUCGCUGAGGUCACUGUUCCUCUGGAAUCCAUCCACCCAAGCAGUCUGUUGCCAGUAACUGUAUUUGACAAGAACAGUCUGCGGGUUUUGUUCACCUUUGCACGGGACUGUCCUCCUUUGAGACCUGACGUGCUGGUAGUGAUCAUCUCCAUGCUGUCCUCAGCCCCUGUACCUGUCACCAACAUCCGUUUCCAGGCUGCCGUGCCCAAAGUGAUGAAGGUAAAGCUGCAGCCCCCCUCCAGUUCUGAACUCCCAGCCUUCAACCCCCUCCUUCCUCCGGCUGCCGUCACACAGAUUCUGCUGCUGGCCAAUCCUCACAAGGAAAAAGUCAGACUGCGGUACAAAUUAACUUUCAACCUGGGGGGAAAGUCUCAUGAUGAAUCUGGAGAUGUGGACCAGUUUCCUCCGCCCGACACGUGGGGGCACCUCUAGUAAGGAGCCUCCUGCAGCUGCUCUCAUCAUGACUCUGUUAUGGGAGUUUGGACAUGACGGGCCUUUUUGAAAACAAGUUACUUGUGCCUUCUUUGCUUUUUUUCCUCCUCCUCCUCCAAAAAAAAAAAAAAAAAAGA